AUGAGCAACGAAGGCGAGUGGACCACCGUCACCUCAAAGAACUCGACAACUCACAGAGCACAGCCUCCAAAGCCCGUUUCCUUUGCCUCCGUCACUGCUUCUGCAGCCUCGACUCCCAAGACCGACUUCUCGUCGCGUUCUGGUGGCAACGCUGGAGGCGCCUCUUCGACUGCAGGAAACAACAAAUCCUACCACCAUCACCACCACAACAAGAAGCAGUCUUCCAAAAGGGAUGCCUCCGCCGCCGUCUCUGCUGCUGGAGGUCAGGACCAGUCGACCCACAAGGCCCAGGCGUCAAAAACCAGCCGUUCUCGAUCCAGCUCUUUCUCAAGCGACUCUGACUCCUCCCAAUCCGACUACCCCUCCGGAUCCGGUCGCCCUCCAUACCACGCCGUCAUCAUGAUCCACUGCCCCUUCCAGUCCUGCGAUCUGACCGACCCUCUUACCGACUCGACCUCCCUUGUCGCUCACUUGAAGGAGGCCCACAAGGUUGCCUUUAAGAACAUCCACCAUAUGUUUAUCCUCCUCGAUCGGUACUUGACCCAUUGGGCCGAGGAGAUUGAGGCCAAGGGCCUUGAGAAGGUUGCCGUUAAGGCUGAGGAAGGCGACGAGUUCUUCACGAUUGACCCUGCAGUCUCGGUGGCCGAUCGCACCCUGCGCGACGAGAUUCAGCGUGAGAAGUUGAACGAGAUCCUGAAGGUCCAGGAGAAGGAGCGUAACGACGAAGCCAAACUCAAGAGAAAGUGUCUCUUCUGCAAGAACGUCUGCGAUAACAGAACGAUCUUGUUCAAGCAUAUGUUCGCCGAGCACAACUUCAACAUUGGUUUGCCCGACAACCUCGUCAAUGUCAACGAGUAUCUGGACAUGCUGGAAGCCAAGCUGACUGGCCUCCAAUGCUUGUACUGUGAGAAGACGUUCACAUCACCGGCCGUCCUCAGGAAGCAUAUGCGCAAGAAGAAGCACUUCAAGAUCAGUGCCCGCAACCGUCUCUACGACCAAUUCUACGUCAUCAACUAUCUGGAGCCCGGCAAGAACUGGGAGAACUUUGAGCAUGACCGGUACGAUUCUGAUGACGACCGUCGCGAUGAUUCUUGGGCGGAUUGGGACGACGCGCUGGAAGAGGAGAAGACGAAAUGUCUCUUUGAGAACGUGCACUUUUCGUCGGCACAGGCGACCCGCGAGCACAUGAAGGAAGCCCAUGGAUUUGAUUUGGAGGGCGAACGACAUGCGCUGGGACUGGACUUUUAUCAGACCAUCUCGCUGAUCAACUAUAUCCGCCGACAGACCAUGUUGGGAGUCUGCUUCUCUUGUCAAAAGAAGAAGCCUGAACAGCAGCAGGACGGUGACGAUGAGGAGGAUUGGUUGGUCAAGCAUUUGAAGGAAGAUGGGUGUGGCGCCAAGGCGCCAAGCAAGGAGGCUGAUUUCUGGAAGGACGCUCAGUACCUGUUGCCCAUGCUCGAGAACGACCCGCUAUUGAUGAUUUUCGGAGAGGAAGAGUCAGAUGAUGGUAAAGAUAACGGCGAGGGCUCGGAUAGGUCUUCAAUGUCGGACGAUGAUGGCGACGAUGAGGAUGAUGAUGACGACGAGAUUAUAAUUUAA